AUGGCAGAACCAGACACAGUUGUCACUAAAACUUCCCUCGAGGCUCUCCCCAAGAUCGCAGAGGGGAAGGUCCGCGAUCUCUAUGAAGUCGACUCGAAAACCCUCCUCUUUGUGGCCUCGGAUCGUAUCUCGGCGUACGAUGUUAUUAUGGAUAAUGGCGUUCCAUCAAAAGGCAAACUCCUCACGCUGCUGUCUGCGCACUGGUUCAAACUUCUCCCAACAUUGAUUCCCGACCUCAGAACUCAUUUCCUCACCCUCUCCCUCCCCUCCUCGAUCCGCGAGUCCGAGCACGCCAAACUCCAGAACCGCUCAAUGCAAGUUCGACGCCUCAAAAUCUUUCCAAUUGAAGCAAUCGUUCGAGGCUACAUUACAGGUUCCGCUUGGAAAGAGUAUCAGCGCAGCGGAACAGUGCACAAGAUGCCAAUCGUGGCAGGCCUGAAAGAAUCGGAAGCUUUCCCUCAAGGUGCAAUAUAUACACCAAGUACGAAGGCCGAAGCAGGGCAGAAUGACGAGAACAUUUCGAUUGCAGAAGCUGCAAAAAUCGUUGGGCCAAAAUACGCGCAAAAGAUAGAGGAUCUCGCAAUCAAACUCUACACAUCAGCACGAGAUUAUGCAGCAGAAAGAGGCAUCAUAAUUGCGGACUCCAAGUUCGAGUUUGGGUUAGAUGAGGAGUCCGAUGAGGUGGUUUUGGUUGAUGAAGUUCUGACACCAGACUCGAGCCGAUUCUGGCCGGCAGACAAGUACCAGAUUGGGAGAGAACAGAUGAGCUACGACAAACAGUAUUUGAGGGAUUGGUUGACAAGUGAGGGUUUAAAGGGGAAGCAAGGUGUCAAAAUGCCUGAGGAGGUCGUGAAUAAGACGGCGGAGAAGUACAGAGAGGCAUUCGAGAAGUUGACUGGGCAGAAAUGGGUAGAUGCUGUUAAAAUCUGA